AUGAGUGGAAUUAAUAAAGGAUUAAUUGGGAGAAUAAAUGCGAAAAUGUUGGAAGAAAGACAUGAAGCACCUAUGAUAUUUCAUUGCAUCAUACAUCAAGAGGCAUUAUGUUGCAAAGUUUUAGCAUGGAAAGAUGUAAUGAAUAUUGUAGUAUCGACGGUUAACUACAUACGCAAAAAUGCUUUGGCACAUCGUCAAUUUAAAAUAUUUUUGGAAGAAUGCGAUGCUGAAUAUGGGGAUGUAAUAUAUUUUAGAUUAAAAUUGAAUGUAAUACAUAGAUACUAUGUAGUUUUAUAG